AUGUCCAAGACCUUCACCCCCGCCGAUGUAGCCCAGCACAAGGACGAGAAGAACGGCAUCUACAUCAUUGUCGACGACGGCGUCUACGACAUCACAAACUUCAUCGACGAGCACCCCGGUGGCCCCAAGAUCCUGAAGCGCAUGGCUGGAAAGGACGCGACCAAGGCCUUUUGGAAGUACCACAGCAAGCACGUGCUGGACAAGUACGCCGAGAAGCUCAAGGUCGGCACCGUGGCCGACAAGGCGAAGCUGUGA